AUGUUCAUAUAUCCAUGUUUAACUAUGUGUAAGAAAAAGCAAAUUCCAUUGGAACUCGUCUCGUAUCGAAUAUUUAUAUCAACGAAAUCGACUGGCACUGAGAAUCUUAUUGAUCAUACUCCAUCAACAGUGGAGAAAACGAGUUUUAAUAGAAAAUCUAUGCAGUCAUCAAAUAUUGCGUCAUUAGCCGGAACAGAACAAUUAACAAAUCUCACACUUAAUCAUGAACAAGAUCGUUCAUCAUCAUCGACAAUAGUACGAACGAACAUUGAACAUCAUACUUUUAAGAAUAGAAAUCAAACCAUUCAUUCUUCUCUUGAACAACCAUUACCAUCAGCAGCAUCUCCUGUUUCACAACCGAUUCCAGAUUCUAUUAUUAAUGACAAACAGGCAACAAACAGAAUUUCUAAUGAAAGAAAUUCAACACCUUAUUCACACAUAUCAAAACGUAUUAUUUUAGCACCUGUUUAUUCUCCAACAAACAAGACUUCCGAAUUGAAACCACAUCAUGAUGAAGAGAAAUCAAUCAAUCGAACUGGACAGCACUAUCAAAUUGCGAGUCUUUUCACUUCGACAAGCACAUUUCUUAUGCAUCAAAAUGAAGUUAUUGCUCAUGCAACUGCUUCUGACCCGUUUCUUUCAGACACUAUUUUCAUUAUUAUAAUUGCAACUCUUACAAUUCUCAUUCUUCUCUUUUGUUUCGGUCUCUUUUGUCUCUGCCGUCGUACAACGAAACGUAAUAUAUCACCUUCAUUCGACGGCACUGCCUAUUCGGGAUUAUAUGGUCAAUCAUUUGUUUUACCUGAUGAUCAUUAUCAGCAACAAGCAAAUUUGCCAUUUCAACAUGAUAUAUCAUCUUCAUCGAUGUUGAAUGAGAGAAGUCUUUUGCCGCAAACAAUUGCGUUGCAUCAUACAGCGAAACAAAAAGCUCAACAAAGUCAGAAGAAAUUGAAAAAGAAACGCGUUGGUUUCUGUUGUUGUAAUUCAAAUGGAAGACGAUCAACGACGGUCAGUGGUCAAAAUCGAGAAAACUUUUAUCUCCCACAAUGCGUAGAUGUUUAUCAAAAUAUCAAAGUCUAUGAUUACGCAAGUCAACACGCUUUUCAUCGUGUCGAAGCGGUUUCGUUGAAUAAAAAUUCUCAUCUACAAUAUUCCAUUGUAGACAAUGAGAAACUCUUCUCGAUCGAUCAACGAACUGGUUCGCUGAGUUUACUCUCAUCGAAUCAGAACAGUAAUCGUCGAUUAAAGUCCGAUUAUCUUCUAACUGUGAAUGCAUUCGAUACACAGUAUAAGUUAUCUGCACAUUGUUAUGUUAAUAUUCAUCUGAUUCGACGACGGCAAUUGAUACCGAAAUUUUUCUCGGCACCGAAUUAUAAAAUUGACAUGAUUGAAAUCGAUCGUCAGAGUGGCAGAUUGCGGCAACGUCUAUUUCAAAUCGUUGCACUUUUGGAUACGAAAGUUUAUAGCAAAAAACUGGAAAUACGCUAUCGGAUUGUUGACUCAAAUCAACAUUUUGUCAUCAAUCGACAAACAGGAUACAUUGCUGCAAAACAACCGUUGAAAGCUUAUACAACAUACGAAUUUAAUGUUGAAGCAUUUACCGUUGCAUAUCGAUAUGAUAUUCUAUCGGACGCAAAUGAAAACGAAGAAGAUGAAGCAUCAAGUCGUGGAAAAUGGCGUAUCGUUUCAAGUCGUGUUUCUUUGCCGAUUAAAAUACAAAUUUUACCAAGUAUUGAUGUUAAUAAAUCUUCGUUAACAUCAAUUGAUUCAACCAUCAACAUCGAUUUACUAACAACCACAGAAGUUGGUUCAACAAUAUUACAUCUCGGCAUGAAUAAUCGUCACAAUACAACACAAUGGUUUAUCAUGAUUGGAGAUAUUCGCCAUACGCGAUAUUUUCAUGUAGAUUUUCAAACGGGUCAAUUGAUUCUCAUUCGUCCUAUUGCCGAAUUAGUUAACGAAACGAAUCUCAUUGACCUUCGUAUCAAUGUCACGAAUGAUUGGAUGAAUAUGAAUACGAUUAAAGUUCUUAUUCGUAUCGUAAACAACUCCGUUCCAUCUAUGGAAUUUUCUCAAAAGGAUUAUUACAGUUCCAUCUCACGAAAUAUUCCAAUCGGUGCUGAAAUCGCUCGUUUAUCAAUUGAAAAUCCUGCCAGUGAUUGUUCUUAUUCUAUUGAUACAGUCGAACGAAUUAAAUCGAAAGAUUUAUUUCGUAUCAAUCCAUCAUCAGGCUCGAUUACAGUCAUGAAUUCAUUGGUGAAUUCGGCGAGUCAAACACAUUUGUUAACGAUUCUAUAUCGUUGUCAACAUAAUUAUCAAAUUGCACAUGCGAAUUUGCAUAUCACUAUUCUUGAUGAAAGAAAUCUAUCAAAUCAAACUAAGAAAUCCUAUCAGUUUAUGCAAGAUAACUAUUUAGUUAUCUUCGAAACAUCAUUGGCAGCUAAUCGACGAAAAUAUUUGAUGAAUUUUGAAUUGAUUAACUACGAUGAGGAAGGAAUUAAACAAAUCCCAUCGAAUGCACAAAUUCUUCGAGGUGAUCCACUAGAUUUAUUCUCGAUUGAUUCAUCAAAUCAAUCUCUUUACCUCACUGACGAGUCACGUGCACGUUCAUACAUGUAUCCUUUAAAUUUAACAAUCAUUGAUACAUCACAAUCGGAACCAAUUACCACAAUUGUAACGUUAUUCAUCUCGAAUAUUGGCAUUUAUUUUCCAUGUCCAUCGUAUCUCAAAAUAUCUCCAUAUCUUUUCACAUACGAAUCUUCUCCUUCGAAAACCAUUGAUCAUCUCACAGGACAACAAUACAAACCCUACAAUUCUUUAAUCAUCCGUGCAUUCGAUCCGUUUACACCAUUGAAUGGUGAAGCAUCAAAUCUUGCCGAAUGCACCAUCAAUUCGAAAGAUAAUCAAACACCUACAAACUCAAUUAACAUCUUAGACUUCACCUUUCCGAAUGAAAUCUAUUCGGGCUAUGUAAAUAGUUCAUUCGGUUCGUCUGCAUUCGUUUACAACAAACAACAAGAACCAUUGCAUAUCGAUUUGAAGAAUUCGUCAAAUCCAUUUGAUAUCAGUUACUACCUAUUGAAUCAAACACAUGUGAACUUCUUUCAACUGGAUGAAUAUGCUGGUUUAAUCAAAUACCAUUCGUUCGAGAGUUUGCUAAAGCGAUAUUCAUUUCUUGUCUAUGCAACUUAUCAUUCAUUGAUUACAUUUACACGUUUGAAUCUUGUUGUCAAUCGUGAAAUUCCACUUGAGAAGAGAACAUUUCAAUCGAUUUAUGAAUUUAAAUUAUCUGCACCAUUUGUCAACAAUUCCACAAUUGGACACUUGAAUAAAACGAGUAACAAUUGGACGAUUUUGAAUGAUCAGAUCUCGCCGAUGAUAUCCAUUGAGAAAACGGGAAGAUUAUUCGUUCGAAAUCGAACACUACUUAUUACAAAUGGAAAUUUCUACGAUUUUCUCAUACAAGACGAUGAUUCACAAAUUGCUCGUAUCCAAAUGAUCAUCAUCAAUGAAAUCAACCAAAUAUCCGAAUGUGUACUAAAUCAUCUGGAUUAUUCUACCGAUCGACAAUUGAUCGGCUUCGUAGAAAUCAUGAAUACCAAUCAAACCGAAUCGAUUUGCGGUCAAACACGUCGACAUUCAUUUGAAUUAUUAAAUUACAAUGAUCUGUUCAUUCUUGACCGUCAGUAUGGUUUAUUACGUUAUAGAAAUCGAGAUAAAACUAUCGACGAUGAUGUCUUGUUGCUGAUUAAAUUGCAAAACUCGAAAUGCUUAAUAACCAUCGAAAAGACUCAAACGACAGUUUCGUACAUGAUGAUUAGAAAUGGAAGUCAGUCACACGUGGAAUUCAUCAACAAAUACCAUAUUGCAGAGAACUCUGGUCGAUUCAGACUACCGAACAAUACUCUAGUUCAAUAUGACAUCGUUUCAUCUCAAUCACCAUUAUUUCCUCGACCAAAAUACGAAUUUCACCUCAAUCUGUCUAACUACAUGAACCGUUCGAUUCUUCUCGGUCAAAUCAUUGCUCAACCAUAUGACUUGAACCGCAGUCAUCUCGUCUACGAAUUUAGUCAUGAUCAUCCGAAAUAUUACCUUCUCAAUCCAGAUAAUGGUACUCUGGAAUACUUUUCCAAUGAAUUCUAUAAAAACAUUUCGGAACAUUUUCAAAUCAUCGCUCGCGAUCUAAUUUAUCAACAAAACAUGACGGUUAAUGUCACAAUUCAUGUCAUCAAUUCACAUGAGCUUUCAUCGGCAAUUUAUGAGAAAACCAUUUCGGAAAUUCUUCCACCUGGUUCGGUUGUCUUUCAUACAAAUUCUUCGUCACUAGAGGAUUAUAAUCGAAAUCUAUUCAAACUUAAUCCAACAUCUGGUGAUAUUCUACUUGUUAAUUACCUAACAGAACCGUUCUAUUCUCUUAAAUUUCGUUCAAGCAACGAAACAUCAAUUCUUAAAUUAACAAUCAAUGACUACAAUAAUCACCCACCAAAUUUCCUCAAUCCUCCAUUGAGCUUAAUACUUUCCUCUUCGCAAACAUUUCUCACCAAAUUCUCCGCAAAUGAUCUCGAUUUCGCCGACAAUCUUCAUCUUAAAUACUAUCUCCUCAAUCAAGACGAUCAUCGAUUCUUUUCAAUCAAUCACACCAGCGGAGUUCUCACACGAACGAAUCAAUCAUUAGACAAAGAUUUCUAUCAGUUAAACAUUGCUGUCAGCGAUGGCUUGUAUUUAACUAAAACUUACAUUCAAUUACAAUUCAAUAACUAUUCCGGUAAUCAACCAAAAUUCUCUUCGAAUGAAUAUGUGUUUGAUUACGAUCCAACGAAAACCGUUCUUGGACAAAUCUCGGCAUAUGAUAUCGAUCGAAAUGAUCAGAUCACUUAUGAGCUGUAUCUACAAUCUAGUGGGAUUGAAAUUGAUCCACGUUCGGGUGUAAUUCAAGUUAAUAAAACUUCGUUUACUAAAUCAGUCUACGAAUUUUAUGCUUCAGCCAAAGAUCUUGCUCAUCAAAUCGUUUAUGCAAAGAUUAAAUUAGUUUACUCGACUCAACCGAGAUUUAACUCUGAUUUGUAUUACAUUUCACUGAUUUCAUCUCAAGUGAGUGUGCCGAUGGAAAUUUUUCAAUUUGAAAUCGUUGAUUCAUUCAACCAACCGAUCAAAUCGGCGAAAUACCAAUUGAAAAAUCAAACAAAUCUAUUUGACAUCCAGGAAAAUCGUUUGAUGCUCAAAGAAAAUCUCGUUCCAACUGAUCGAUACCAUCUGACCGUCAAUGCCUAUUGGAAGAAUUUUGUUAUUCAAACAUCAGUACAAAUCAAUUUCGUCGAACGAACAUUUCAUUUAGAGAAGAAAUCUUACGACUUUCAACUGGACAAGCAAUUACUAAAGGAAAACAUUCCUAUUGAAACAUUUCCAAUCGAUAACUUAACACUAAAAAUCCUUCCGACAUCAUUAACACAGAAUCAUUGUCACGAAAACUUCUACAUUCAAUCCAAUGAACUUUUUUUCAAGACAUUUCCGAUCCUGUCUGAUUUGUGUUUCUUUGAAUUACAUCUCACCGAUCAAAUCAGUGUAUCAUCGAGUCAAGUGAAAGUUCUCUUCGGAAAGUUCACUCAAGCACCAACAUUUUCUUCGGAUAUUUACCGAUUUUACGUCUAUGAUCACAAUUACGAUGAUGUCUUUCGAGUGUUUGCACAGAGUUUCAAUCCAAUUCGUUAUCAGUUAGAACGCAAUCCUUAUGGAUUAUUUAUCAAUCAAACCAACGGCAUGCUAAGAUUUGUCUACCAUUCGAAAUCGAUUGAAGAUUUGGAUAAAAUUGAAUUGAAUGUAUAUGCGAUCGAUGACAAGACAAAUGCGAAUAGUACAGCUUCGAUUGAAAUCUUAUUCAAUGUACGAGAGGAAUUUCAAAUACCAACGGAAAUCAACUCGUGUCCAAACCAAGUAAUUCAACUUUCAGAUCGAAGUCUACCAGGAACUGUCAUACAAGAAAUCAGUUUGAAUAAGAAUAGUUCGAAUAAUUAUUAUAUACUUUCUGGAGAUUUCUAUGGUCUGUUUGCGAUAAAUAAUUUCGGACAACUUUAUUUGACAUCACCACUACUGAAUCAAACAGUGAAUGAAUAUUUUCAAUUGGUUAUUCUGAUCAGUUCAUCAUCGUUAAGCUAUUGUCAAACGAAUAUUUCGAUUCUACGAACGCCCAAAUGGUCAUAUUUCGUAUGUCCAGCGAUACCAAUUCAGUGGAUGAUUAAAGAAGAAUCUCCAAUAGGAACGAUCAUUGGCACAGUUAAAGAGACAUUAUUGUCAAUUAACAACAACUCAUCUGAAUUGAUUGAUCGAUUACAAUUUAAAGUUAAUUCUAUGUCAAAUUCGGAUGCACAAUCAUUUCUACUCAAUUCUCAAACAGGUUUGCUUACAUCAAACUCGCGAUUGGACUACGAACAAAAAACAUUCUAUUCAUUUUCAAUUGAUUUACAACCGAAUGAAUUGAAUUGUUCUAUAUCAGUGCUCAUUAAAUUAAUCAAUAUCAAUGAUAAUCCGAUAGUUUUCAAUCAAAAUUCCCUAAUUUACAAUCUAACUGAAAACAACCCUACUCCAUUCUAUGUUGGCCGCAUUCAGCUUGUCGAUAUUGAUCAUCUAUUUCAAUCGAAUUACGUAUUUUAUCUUCAAAAUUCUUCUUCACAGAUAUUCAUCGAUCAAACAACUGGUUCGAUCCUUCUCUAUGAACAACUCAAUCGGGAGUACUACGGUCCGCAAAUCAGCUAUCAAAUCAUGGCUAUUGACACAAAUAAUCGAGAGAAUUAUCUGUCUGAUGCCUUAAUUCUUCAUAUCAACGAUUUGAACGACCAUGGACCAAAAUUCGAUAGAAAUUAUUACUCCGUUAACAUAAGCAAAACAAUUCGAACGAACACGAAUAUAUUUCAAUUGAAUGCAACAAGUGAAGAUCCAGUGGCGAAUGGAAAUUUUCGAUAUUCUUUGCAAAAUUCAACAGAGUUCUUUACAAUCGAUGAACGAACAGGAAUAAUCCGAUUAAGAACAUCAUUUCCGACAACAAUGUCGAAUAUAACAGUGAAUGUUGAAGUAUUCGAAGAUGGAAUUAAUUUAACUGACUCAACAAAUGUAUUUAUAUCGAUAAUUAACGAUGAUAACAAUUACUUUAACUUAGAAAAUCGAGAUAAUUGUUUUCUCGACGAGAACGAACCAGCCGGAACAAUCGUUUGUACAAUCGGUAAAAAUUCCGAUGAAUUCGUCUAUGAGUUAAUCGAUACAGUCAAUGCUUUUCAAAUCCUCGAGUCAAAUGGUACGAUUAUUAGCCGUAAAACCUUUGACUAUGAAACGGAUCCACGACAAUACAAUGUCACAAUCAUUGUCAAAGAUCGAGAAAAUCAAACUGUUCCAUUGUCUUCAUUGAAUUUGACAAUCUCCAUUCGAAAUAUCAAUGAUAAUUAUCCGGAGUUUCUAACAAAGAACUUCACUACGCUGAUUUAUUUCUAUCACCCAUCAAUAAACACCGUUCUGCAUAAGAUCGAAAUUAUUGAUAAAGAUCAAUCGAAUUUAACAUUUCAAAUUCUCAAUGAUACAUUUUCAUCGUACAAACUUCGACUAGAUGAAAACGUCACUGAAUUGAUCCUCAUUGAACCCAUUCUCCUCGACCAUGAAGAUCAUUUGAUCAUCCGUGUUUGGGAUAAUCAAACUUUAUCAUCAUCAUAUUACGUUGAUCUUUACUUACAUAUCAUCUAUCUUCAACGACAGAUUCUUCUUCCAACACUCAUUCCACGUACCAUCGAUGGAUAUAUUAAUCUUGAUGAAAAGUAUCCUCAGAUUAAUUUCGGUGAAUUAUCUCUUCAGAAUCAAUCCAAUUAUCAAUUUGUGUCCUAUAAUUUACUUGCAAAUAAACAGUUUUCACUUAAACAAAUCUCCAAUAAUCAAACGGAGUUGUAUUUCAAUUCAUAUCAACAACAAUUGUAUUCCCAGCAGCAGAAACAUCAACGUUUAUUACAAUUUCAAAUCGAACUAACUGUCUUCGCUGUUGAUCAACCGAUAUCGAACAUGAAUUUUUACAACAAUACAAUUAUUUAUCUUCCACUCGAUGUCAAAUCCCAGUUAAAAGCUCAAACUAUCGAUGUACAUCUAUGGUCAAUUGAUCGCGAAAUGUUAGAUCGAACAAUUUCUCUGCUUGUCAAUCUCGAUCCUCGGUCAACCUACGAGCAAUUCAUUAUUCACACAUUACCAUUACUACGCGAAAAUCUAGCUGCAAUCGUUGGCGUUCACAUGCGCCAUGUUCAUCUUUAUUCAUUCGAUAUGAAAACUCCGUACCAAAUCGAAAUACUAGUCGCAGUUAUUCGGUAUCCAUCGCGUCUACGACCACCACGGUACAUCCACAAAAAAUUACUUUAUAACGUCUUGCGCAACUCGAGUAGUGUCUUCGAAAAGAUCCCAAAUAUCAAAUCUAUUGAAAAGAUUUCCAUUAACCAAUGUCAUACGAAAUCAUGCGAAAACAACGGCCGAUGUACCAGUCAGAUCAAGUUGUAUCAAAAUCAGUACGACUACUUUUAUUACAAUACAUACGAACGUCUGUUACCGAAAUAUCAAUGGAACAUCAAAUGUCUUUGUCUGAAUCAUUUCUACGGGCAACAUUGUCAAUUCAAGCAAGAUUAUCAAUCACCAUGUUCGUCUAAUCCAUGUUCGCCGUUGGAAAGAUGUAUCGAAGAGAGUUCUACAUUGUACACAUGUCAGUGUAUCGACGAACCAUGUAAUCAGAACGAAAUUCUGCCAGAAACAACGUUGAAUUGUAUUAAUAUUAAUUCACCGACGUGUCGCGAUUCGUCGAAUACUCUGACAUUCGAUGGUUACAGUUUUGUUCGAAUGAACUCAUCGAUGAAUCUCACGCAGCAUACGAAUAUUUCGUUCACAUUUCGCACACAGGUUGGCCAAGGUAAACUGCUGAAGAUGGUCUCGGUUGACGAGAGAAAGAAACAACAUCUAUUAGUCAUUCAAAUCAUGGAUAAUCAUGUUAAUGUUGAACUAAAUAAAAAGAUUCUCUUUCGAAUCAAUGAAGUCGUCAUCAAUGAUGGUCUUUGGCAUCAUAUCUACUUUUCCAUUGAUUACACACCAACAAAUCAAAACUUCUACUAUCUUCUUCGUCUCGACCAUGUUUUCAGCAAUAGAAUUCAAUUGUUUCAACCAAUAUCGACAAAUCAAUUGAAACAAAUCUACAUCGGCAAUGAUUUUCAUGGAUGUCUAGGUAACCUAACGCUGAACACUCAAUUGAUCUACCUACAAAAACAAGAGAAUAAGUCAUUUAUCGAACAUGUCGGUACCAACAACGGUUGUCAACUAGCCGAGAUUGAAUCGCGUACACUGAGACAAUACACUGACAAAGAUGAUCUAUGUUCUUUGUAUCACCCAUGUUAUAACGGUGGUAUCUGUGUCAGUCAAACAACGAAGUACGGUUCAAGUUUCACAUGUAAUUGUUUGAAACCACGUUUUACUGGUCGACAAUGUCAACGUGAUUUACAACCAUGUGAAAGUCAUCCAUGUUUAUUCAAUGAACAAUGUAUCCCAUCGAAUGAUGUGAAUGUUUCUUACUCGUGUAUAUCAUCAUUAGGAAAUUUACCUAUGUCAACGAAGAAUCUUUUAUAUGUUGGUCUAGCAGUGACAUUUUGUACAUUUGUAUUAGUGGUCUUAUUGUUUCUGUCAUUGAUUAUCUAUUGUCAACAGCAGCGAAAAGAGAAGAAGAGAAAACUGAAUAUUCACAAUGAUAAACCAUUAGUGUCGGCACCAUUGUUGAUUCAGAAAGCGUCACCUUCGUUGUCACCAGCGAAUCAAAUUGAAAGUCCAAUGCCAACAUUAAUCAAACGAAAUUCUAAUGGUAAACAAACUGUUGAAACAAUGGCUCUAGUUGAUAAUAAUCUCGAACAAACAACGCUGAAUAAUUUUAAUGAUAAGCAAAAUAACGAUUCAAAGGACAAAUCUGCUCUCGUGAUUGAUAAACAUCAAUAUGAAUCUCAUGAAUCGUUGAAUCGUCGACGCAGUGAUCCAAAAUACUAUUCAACGAUUGGGAAAAUGAAUAUUCCUCCAGAUAAUUUUCUAGCACAUUACAAUAGUAUUGAUUAUGGUAUGUCGAAAUUUGAUCUUAUUCCUUCUGAUUAUAUUGUUCUUGUAGAUACAACACGUAUGCCACUUGUUGAUCCCCAAUGUCCUGAUCUAUUUGACUUCCCUUCAUCACCAACAAAAUACUUCAAUGGUCAUGAUGAUAAUCAUUCCAAUACUUAUCAAAUUUGUGUCAAUUCGUUAUCGAAUCUCGCUGAAAAACUUGUUGAUCAAAAUGAUAUCGAAUUAACUCAUUCAUCGAACGAUUCAUCGAAUAACGAACAAACUUUAUUGACCUCGCCUGUCUCCAAUGGAGAACGAAAACGUUCAUUAUUCAAUGGUGGUAGUUCACUUAGUAUACGAGCAUCGAAUUCAUCUCUACAAAAAGCUCCAGUAUAUGCCAAAAUCAUUAAAACUUCAUCCAAAAAUUCCACUGGUGGCAUGAGUACCAUUGAACGUCUUCGUUUGAGUGGUUCACCAUUGCGACUUCUCUCCUCAUCGCCGACCUACGCACGAACAACUUCGUUUUUCAAAGGCAAUUCGAAUCAAGAUAAUGACAAACAUUCAACAUUAGCAUCGUUGCCGUCGUCAUCAACACCAACAAGUAAAAUAUCGAAGAUCAAUCCAACUUCGUGGAAAAUCAAUCCGAGAAAAUUAGACAGCCUCAAAGUGAGACGGAAUAGUCGUUACACCGAUGAUGACGAUGACGACAACAAUAACACCAAUCAGACUAACAACGAAACAAGCCAAUUAACAAUGAAAACAACAAUGAUCAAUCGACUGCGACAUGCAAGUGAAUCUGAUUUAACAAAAGAGCGUGUCAAUGGGAAAAAAUCAACGAAAUUAUCCUCAUUUUUUCAAACAGAAGUCUAG